AUGUGGACGCUUUUACACCGCGACAUCACCUUCGGGAUCACUCGACAAGCCUGCCCUGAAUCGUGUCGUUCGCCCGAUCUCAACCCAGCCUCGUCAAGCAUGCCCCCGAACCGUGUCGUGGCACCGAACGAGAACGCAGUGGUAAGUCAGCCAAAGCAAUCACGAAGGCGAGCAAGGCUGAGCGAAAACCUCGUCAAGCAUGCCCCCGAACCGUGUCGUGGCACCGAACGAGAACGCAGUGAUCUCAACCCAGCCUCGUCAAGCGUGCCCCCGAACCGUGUCAUGGCACUGAACGAGAACGCAGUGGUAAGUCAGCCAAAGCAAUCACGAAGGCGAGUCAAAGCUGAUCGCGAAGUAAACUCAUCUUGUGGACGCUUUUACGACCACGACAUCAAUCACGAUGACAUGGUCAACCGAAAGUACCAGAAGGAGUUGCAACCGGGCAACAUCGUUAUUGUCACCUUCAACAAUUCCGCGAGACUUGAGGGCUGA